AAAUCAUUUUCCCAAAAACAACAAAAUAUUUUUAUUGAGCCAUAAUUUACUGACGUGUCGCGGCCGAGUAACCGAAAUGCCACGCUGGCAUAAGGUGAACUUCCCGAAACUCGCCCUUUCGCGCUGUCCACAUUAUCUUCUCCGUUGUGCCUCUUUGCUGGCUAAAAAAACCCUAAGAUUCCGUGUACCUCUCGCAUGUAGUAGUUGAAUGGCUUCUCCCGAGAUCGAAGUCGACUCAGACUCCAAAACUCCGAAAAACGAAGCCCACAUCUUCGACGUUUUCUCCGCUUGUGCCUACGGAGAUUUCCCAAAACUGCGGAAAUUUGUAGAAGAAAACUGCGCUUCUCUCUCAAAGCCUGAUGGAAAUGGGUACUAUGCUCUUCAUUGGGCUUCUCUCAAUAAUUUCCCCGAUAUCGUGCAGUACGUCAUCGAGCAUGGCGGUGAUGUGAAUGCGGUCGAUAAUUCACAGCAGACGGCUUUGCAUUGGUCUGCGGUUCGGGGUGCGGUUUCGGUGGCGGACAUCCUUUUACAGAAUGGAGCUCGGGUGGAGGCGGCUGAUAUUAAUGGGUAUCGGGCAGUUCAUGUUGCUGCUCAAUAUGGACAAACAGCUUUCAUAAAUCACCUUGUUGCAAAGUACCAUGCAGAUUUUGAUGCACCGGAUAGAGAUGGGAGAAGUCCUCUUCAUUGGGCUGCCUAUAAAGGAUUUGCAGAUACGAUUCGAUUACUUCUUUUUAGAGAUGCAUGCCAAGGGAGAACGGAUAAAGAAGGUUGUACUCCUCUACACUGGGCGGCAUUAAGAGGAAAUGUGGAGGCAUGUGCGGUGCUUGUACAUGCAGGCACAAAGCAGGAACUAAUGGUGAAAGACAAUGCUGGAUUUACUCCUGUUGAGCUUGCAUCUGAUAAAGGUCAUCGGCAUGUUGCCUCUUUCCUUUCUAAUAUUCAGCGAGCACACAGCAAACGUUGGAGAGACAAAGUUUGCAGUGGGAAAACAGGGAAUAGUAGUUGUGCUCCUGUUCUAUUUUGCAUUGCAAUAAUUGUUAUUAUCCUCUUCAUCAACACAGUUCUUGUAGCUCCUAAUCUUACGAAGGUUACUGCUGUUGUUGGACUCUGGGGAUGGAUUUGUGUUUCUCUCGCUGUAUGUUCAUUGAUAAUGCUCUAUAGAUGUAGUAGUAAAGAUCCGGGUUAUAUAAAAAAAUCUGGUGGUUUGGGUAAUCACACAGAUGCAGAGGAUCCACUGUUGAAUAUCAAUCUCAACAAUUCCUCCAUAUGGACGGGAAAUUGGUCUCAACUUUGCCCCACUUGCAAGAUAAUUAGACCUGUUCGCUCAAAGCACUGCCCUACAUGUAAGCGCUGUGUGGAACAAUUUGACCACCACUGCCCUUGGAUUUCAAAUUGUGUAGGGAAGAAGAACAAAUGGGACUUCUUUGUUUUUAUCUGCCUGGGAGCUUUGUCCACAUUCAUUGGUGCUAUUGUUGCAGUUCAAAGAAUUUGGACAGCAUUGCCAACAUUGCGGGCAGAAGAAACUUGGAUUCAAUAUGUGGUGGUUCAACAUUCUGGUGUUGUUGCCUUUCUGGUUAUGGACAUAAUUCUUUUGAUGGCUAGUGUAACUUUGACAACGGCACAAUCAUCCCAGAUAGCUCGGAAUAUCACCACUAAUGAGUUGGCGAAUUUCAUCCGCUAUGGGUAUCUUCAUGCUCCAGAUGGGCGGUUCCGAAAUCCAUACAACCAUGGGUGUCGAAAGAACUGUGCAGAUUUUCUCAUUUAUGGCUACACUGAUGAUGAGGAAAUAGCUUGGCCUCCAUUACAGCAGGUUUCCACAUAGUCCUAUUGUCAUGAUAUGCAGUUUGAUAGCUAAGGUUGCUGUUUUGUUUCCGUUAAAACUCACAUAAGUUGCAUUGUGGUACCAAAGACCCAACCUUCCUGCAGCAGAUGUUCAUCAUGUUACACCAGAGGUCCUUUGGCUGUUGAUAUAUAACCACCAGGUAAAGCCUCGAUCAUCAUAUGAUCACAGUUUCACAACCUCCAUUUUCUGUGUUUGUACAAUGGAAUACCAUAAUAUAGGGAAGAAAAAACCUUUGUUCCUGUAAUUACUAGUUCUAGGAACUAUACACCCUCAUGUUCUAUUUAAUAUUUUGUUUCUAAAUAAGUAGGGAAAAAGGGGGUGAUAUAUUGGUUUACAAUUUUAUGCUGGCUUCAGACUUUGGAAGUCAAUUGUUUAAGAUGAUCUGAGUGUCACCUUGCUUAAAAUUUUAGUUUAUAUCUAUAAUUGUCUCAAAAAUGGGAAUAAUUUGUUGCA